AUGCUUAUCAAUGGUAUCGUUAAAAAUCGUGGUCUUUCUGAAGAAGCAUCUGUUGCUCUGGCUCAAUUUCUUCAUAACCUUACACCUGAACGAUUGGCUCAUACAGCGGUGGAAGGUCUUGCUUGCAACGAAGAGGAGCUGAGUGACAACGGAAGCACAAAACAAGUUCUCCUCGAUGCUUGCUCAUCGAAAGACGAGUUUUUAGUACCUCCUCUACCUAAUCUAUUGUUUACUCGAGAUUCAUUCUCGAUCAUUGGAAAAUUCAUCUUCAUAUGGCGCAUGUCUAAGCCAGCUCGACGUAAUGAACCACUAAUUAUGCGGGUUAUUUUUACUUUUCAUACAGCACAUGCACAUAUUUCUCUGAAAGGUACUCAAGUGAUUGACUGGGAAGCUCAUGCAGACCCUAUGGCAACCGUUGAAGGUGGUGAUAUUGCUUAUCUUGGUCACGGAACCCUCCUCAUUGGUAUGGGUGAAAGAACGAAUCGUGCCGGAAUUGAAGCAAUUGAACGCACUGGACUGUUUCAUAGAGUAAUUGCUAUUCAAUUGCCAGAAAAUCGAGAUUAUAUGCAUUUGGACACCGUGAUGAGUUCAGUCGGCCAUCACUCAUUUAUUUGCCAUAGCCAUUUGGCUCAAGCUUUACCUGUUUACACUGUGCAGACACCAAAAGUAGAAGGUGCCAAGACAGAGUGGCUUCAACAUGGAACAGAUGUGCGUGCAGCGUUGAGACAUCUCUUGGCUGAUGUCGAGUUAAAAUUUUAUGAUGCGGCCGACGAAAGCACAUCAAUUGCUGAACAACAUGAGUGUCGUGAUAAUAUGCUAUGUCUUGGUGAUCAAAGUGUGGUUACUUAUGCAGGAGGUGAUCCGGUUAAAGGUGUUAUCAAUCAAAUGGAACAUGAUCCCCAGCGACCGUGCCAUGUGGAAACAUUUCCUUCUCAAGGUUUGAUUGAAGGAUGUGGUGGUGCUCAUUGUAUGACAAACGCUUUGCGUCGUUCACCAAAUUCAUGA